GCUUUUUUUUGGAGAAGGGUCUACUGCCCGUGAUGAUUUAAUGGCGUCAGUCAUCCAGUCAAAUGGACCUGGCGGGGAGACGUGUCGGUUGAUGAAGGGUUUAUCCUGUCUAACGACGGCACGGACAACUCGGAGAUCACUCUUGAUUAUGGGCGUGCCGAAGGUGGCAUUCCCUUCAUUGAAACCGUAUGCACUGCCAGCAAGGAUGGACAACCGGUCGUCCUGGAUGUUAUCUACAGCGAGACACUGGAAGGUUUGGCCAAACCGACAGGGGACGGCCCUUUCUUUCUGUUCUCCAACAUCAUGAAUUCGUACAGACACGAGACGCACCGUUUUGAGACGUCUACCCUCCCCGGUCGUGUUGAGUCGUAUUUUGCUCAAAAGGCACAGCGAUACCAGAAACUCGUUCUCAAAACGCCCCAUUCAACGUUGAAUAUAUCUUCUAUCGGUUUCACACACACUCGUGUCCCGCACUCAUCCCAAUGCUCCUUCAAGUGCUCCAACGAGCUGCUCAACCAGAUCUGGUUAGACGGCGUACGAACUGUGGACAUGUGUACAGUGGACGCAGGCGAGGUAUCUGAUGCAUGGGAAGUGAUAGAUCGCGGUACCAGAAUCAGAGGGCAACACUGGGCUCCCUGUAGACAUGGGACCGGGUGGGGUGAUAAGACCGUCAAAUUCGAGGUGCUCAUUGAGAAUGGAGGCGCCAGCUGGGGAGUCCAUAUGAAUGCAAAUGGGCUUAUCUUCUGUCUUGACGUUGCAACACGCUCCUUGAAGGCAGUGGAAGGGUUCUCUGAUACGGGUGGGAUAUUCCCCCCUCAACAACGGGGGUUGUGGCCGAUCGAGACAAGCGUGGAUCUCACCGGCUGGCUUCGGAUUCAGACCGUCACCCGGGGAUUCGAUGUCACAGUCACGAUCAACGAUCAUGACAUCGCGACCCUUGCUGAUCUCAAGAUCCGUUCAAUGAAAGGAGGAGCACCGAACAACACCGGAUCCGUGACCUUUGGCGGCCCUGAGAACUACACAGCAAUUUAUCGCUUCCUGCAGGUGACAGAUGCUGAGGACCUCGUGCUAUAUCAAAACAACCUCUUGCCCCAAGACAAGCACCGCACGCUAGCCGACUUUGCUGUUGGAACCAACAACCUUGCAUGCACAGUUGAUGGAGCAAAGAGAGAUGGUGCGUUGUUUGCUGGCGAUCUAUUUGUUAUUGGCCGCUCGAUCUUCUACUCGACAGGAACCCUCGAGGCUGUUCUGGGAAGCAUCAGGCUUCUCACAAGUCACCAAGUCAAGGACGGCUAUCUGGGAAACCUAUGUCCUAUCCAAGCCCCAACCUCCGAGGACAUAGAGGCACCUUCUUAUGCUUUCUAUUCUCUCAGCUACGCUUUACUCCUUAUUGUUGCCGUGAAGGAUUACUGGUUGCAUUCUGGUGAUUCAUCUUUGAUCCAGAGUAUAUGGGAGAAGCUGGACAAGAUGAUAGAGUUUACCGAGAGCCAUGUGGAUGACAGAGGACUAGUUGUCGCCCCUACGCCUUUACUGAUGGACUGGUUUCCGAGAAAUGGACCGAUAUUCGGAGCCUCUGGAAAGGUCAACUUGGCAUACUACGAUGCGCUGAAAUGUAUGAGUCGCAUGUGCGAUUCCGCAGGAGUCACCGAUCGCUAUGCAUCCCGCGCCGAAGUGCUUAAAGACUGUAUCAUUGCUCAUCUAUGGAACGAGGAAGCACAUAUCAUGAAGAUGAGUGACAAGUUCUCCCCUACAGGGUUGUGCCAGGAUAUCCAGGCCUACAGCAUUACAACCGGGGUCUCGCCCAGCCCAGCAGCAGCAGCACAAGCUCUAAUUCCUGGCCCCGACGAACCGCUUCCACUACCAUAUAAAGAAAUCCAGGGCUGGACGGACAAGGGUGUGGUCAGUCCGUAUGCAACGGGGUUUGCAGUCGAGGCGUUAUUCGAAAAAAACCGUGGAUCAUCUGCCGUGGAACUUGUCGAGCGACUCUGGGGCGUCAUGGCAGACAAGUCGAGUGCCAAUUACUCCGGCGGACACUGGGAGGCAUUGAAAGCUGACGGGACACCAUUCUCCGCCCACACAUCUCUUGUCCACGGCUGGUCGACUUGGCCUGUAUACCUCCUUCCUAGAUACUUGGGGGGCAUUGAACCGCUGGAGCCGGGUUGGUCGCGGUAUCGAGUCAGACCGGUGCUUGCCGGCUUAGAAGAUGUCGAAGUGGAAGUCAGUACGCCGGCUGGCAUGGCCAGAGUCGAAUUGCAUGUUCGGGAACCCACGGGGACGGGGAGAAUGACCCUGACUGUGCCACGGGGAGCCGUGGCGGAGGUGUCUCCUCCGCUAGGCUGGAUUUUUGAGCGAGAAGCACCUGCCGAUAGCGAAAACAACACGGUGAUUGUUUUGGACCAGACAUCCAAGUCUCAAUUUGAUAUUCGGCGACUGGUAUAGAGUCUAGAACACACAGAUAUAAGGGGAAAUUUUUUCAGAAUAGAUGUUUUAGUGUGAUUCACUUCAAC